AGCGGAGAACUACGCGAUUGGCGUGGAAAGGGUGGUAGCGUAUCACGAAGUUGUGAUCAUACCUAUUUAUUUAGUCAUGUUCGUGGUCAUAACCUAAAUAUGAAGUUAGUUUGGUUUUUCUUCUAUGAAAUUGUGGCGUUGUCCGAACGAUGAUGGGAAUUUAUACUACUGUGCAAUGUACAAAAUAUAAUCGUGAAAAACAUGAAAACAAAAGAAAUACUAAGUCAAACCGACUUGUUAUGUGACCGCGUUUACCAUUCAGUGCUAAUUUAUGAACUAUUUAAAUUAAAAGUUAAUCGACCGAUAUGGUGAAUAAGUGCAGUGUAACUGGUUGCAAAAGCCUGUAUUCGAAGGAAGACAAUGUCAAAGUUAGAUUACACAGGUUUCCUCUAUCGAAUCCAGAAACGCUACCUGUGUGGAUAGCUGCAACCGGUAGGGAAAAAGAUUGGAAACCUUGUAAAAGUAGUAGAUUAUGUGGCAAUCAUUUUGAAAAUUCUGAAUACAUAAUUGGCCAUGGGAAAAAUGUUUUGAAGGCAACCUCGGUCCCAACAAUUGAAUAUCGUGUAGAUGUUUUGAGAUACAACAGAAGGAAGUCACUAAAUUGUUGUGAUAUGGAGCAAACUAAUAAGUCUUUAAAAGUCGAGCCAGAUAGUAGUGAUACAAAUGUUGAAAUUGUCCAACUCGACUAUAAUGAUAUGUACAAUUUAAAGUAUGAACAACAAAAUAAGGGUGAAAAUUAUGAUCACGAAGAAUCUUAUUUUAAAAAUGAAAAUGAAAAAUGUACAAAAAAAAAUGAUCAUCAUGUUAUAAAGUCGGAGAAUAGUUAUAACAGCGGAGAUGAAGCUAGUCAUGACGGUGCCAUAAAGAACGAAUAUGAAGAUUCCAACUAUGAACUAAAACAUGAUAUUUGUAACAGAGAAAACCAAUGUUACAUGUUUACAAGCAGUUUCAAGGAAGGCGCCGAACCUAUAGUUUUAACACCUCCAGAAGAACCAUUAAAUAUGAAUAUCGACCAAACAACAGCAGAUUUAAAUUUUAAGAAAAUUAUGGAUUUAAAAUUAAAAAAACAAUUGCGCACUAAAAAUAUUUAUUCAUUAUACUUCAAAGCUUUGAAGAAAAAAAGGUUUCCAAAACAAGAAAAAUAUAAAAAUUCUUUCAACAAUGAUGAUGCAGAUUCAUUUGCCGCAUUUAUAGGAGCUCAAAUGAAAGAUUUACGUCCAUAUAGAAAGGUUUAUUUAAGUGCAAAACACAAAAUUCAAAAAAUUCUUAUGAAAGCACAGCUUAAAAUAACAAAUUGAAACUAAGUUAACCAAGAUUAAAAAGUGACAUUAUGAUAAGUAGUUAUUGUAUAUACAUAAUAUAAACUAUUAAAAUUAUGUUGUAUUGUAAAAUAUUAAUGUACCUAGAAUAUUUUUUUUAAUCUAAUAUGUAAGUUAACAAAUGUAUAUUUUAUAACUAUAUAGUAUAAGUGUUUAAUUUAAUUUAUACAUUAAUACACUAUUAUUAAAUAAAAAAAAUUUUUAUUUAUAAAGUUUGACUU